AUGAGCUGGGAUCAGGACAGGCCCGACAAGCUGGAGAUCAAUGAAGCUGUCGGCAAGCUGCUGCAGUCCUUCAACUAUGACACCAUCGUGCCGCAACCCAGCAAGGGCGGCGGGUGUAUGCGGCGGGCUCAUGUGAAGCGGCCCAUGAAUGCGUUCAUGGUGUUCGCACAAGCCAUGCGUCGCAGAUUGUCUGAACAACGGCCGUCGCUGCACAACGCUGAACUGAGCAAAUCCUUGGGAUCCAUGUGGAAGAGCUUGAGCGAAAUGGAAAAGCUACCGUUUGUUAAGGAAGCUGAAAAACUUCGAACUCAACACAAACGUGAGUACCCUGACUAUAAAUAUCAGCCAAGACGUCGCAAGCCACCGCCUACCACAUCCACGAGACUGAAACGAGAACCUACACCAGAAAGAUCGCAAAUCGAUUUCUCCCGCAUCGAAGUCGACGGCGCCUUACUAGCUGACGGGCCACCAGAUGGCGCUGAGCUCGACCAGUAUUUAAAACCAGUGCCAGUACCAGACUACCACGAGAUGCAGCCACGCUACACCCACACCUUAACCCAUCACCCACCAGCGCUGUAUACCCCGGUACCAUCACAUUUACACCCUCCGUGUGACUGGCAGCACUAUCCGCAUCCAUAA